UUCCCCAUUUCUCUUCUCUUUUUUCCCAAAAGUUAAUGUAUUAUCUCCCUCUCUUUCAAGUAAAGUAGCUAACUUUCUUCUUUCUUCUUUAUUUUCAGUCCUUUUUGUUUCUGGGAUUUUGUAUUUUUGUCAUAAUUCUUCUUGAGAUCUACAAUAAUGGGUAUUUCCCAAUGUAAUUACACUGAAACUAAAAAAAAAAGACCCGCUUGAAGAAACUCAAAAAACCCAAUUAAAUCCUCAUUCUUUUACACCUACUUAUAAUGAUCAUGAUAAAGAUGAUUACUUUGAUAAUUACAAUGAGUUAAAGUUCAAAUCUCUAUUAAUGAAAAUGAUUUGGGAUUUUGGGUUUGGCUGCUUUGUGCCAUCUAGUUACACAAAAGAAGAAAAAAGUGUCAAAAAUGGUGGGAAAAUUGGCCACAAUUUAGAGCACAAUAAGGCAUGGUUACUUGCAGAAUCAGGUGGAGAUUUGGCAAAUAAUGGAGAACCUCAUUCAGUUCAUUCAUCUUUUAGGUUCAGUAUUUGCUCUCAAGUUGAGAUUGAUUCAAUGAAAAGCUCAAAUUUUGCACCUUCUACUACCAUUUUAAUGGUGAAUUUGGAUAAUAAUGUGGGUGAUGCUAUCUCAAAUGAGCUUAACUGGAGAAGGAUUGAAUCAUUAGAGAAGAAUAUUUCUCUUGUUGCUAAUAGUUUGAUCAGGUUUAGUUAUGGUGAAAUUGUUUCUGCUACCCGCAAUUUCUCUGAAGGUAGAGUUUUGGGCAGAGGUGCACUAAGUUAUGUGUUUAGGGGUAGAGUUGGAAUUUUAAGAACAGCAGUUGCAAUUAAGAGAUUAAAUAAAGAAGACAAAGAGUCUCCAAAGGCAUUUUGUAGAGAAUUGAUGAUUGCAAGUUCUCUUCAACAUCCAAACAUUGUUCCUUUGUUGGGAUUUUGUAUUGAUCCUGAGGAAGGCUUGUUUUUGGUCUACAAAUAUGUGUCUAGUGGAAGCUUGGAGCGCCAUUUGCACGGGAAGAAGAGAGGAAUGAAGGGUUUUGCAUCGCUUUCGUGGUCUGCAAGGUAUAAAGUCGCUGUAGGUAUCGGAGAAGCAAUUGCAUAUCUACACAAUGGAACCGAAAAAUGUAUUGUUCAUAGAGAUAUAAAGCCAUCCAAUAUACUUCUUUCCUCCAAGAAAAGGCCUAAGUUGUGUGAUUUUGGAUUAGCUACAUGGACUCCAGCACCAUCAGUCCCUUUCCUUUGCAAGACCGUGAAAGGAACAUUUGGAUACUUGGCUCCUGAAUACUUUCAACACGGGAAGGUAUCGGAUAAAACUGAUGUCUACGCCUUUGGAGUCGUCCUUUUAGAGCUUAUAACAGGCCGAAAGCCAAUCGAAGCAACUAGGCCACCCGGAGAGGAGAAUUUGGUUCAAUGGGCUAAGCCACUCAUGGACAAAGGAGACUCAGCAUUAGACGGUUUGCUCGACCCACGAGCAAAAUUUACUCCUAAAAGCUCAAAACUGAUAACCCAAAUGGUUCGUGCUGCAUCUGCGUGUGUGAACACCGAAGAAUCCAGCAGGCCGGGCAUUAAUGAAGCCAUCAUUCUGCUAAGAGGAGAAAGCUGCCUUGUAAAGGGUAAGGCUGGUUUCGGUAGUAGAAAUAGCUAUGCUCCUCCAAUACUACAACGAACAAAAAGCGAAAUGAAUAGUCAUUUCGCUUUGGCUAUGCUUGGAGUUACCGAACUGGAUGAUGAUGAUUUCUUGUAUGGUCGAUGACAAUGUUCACUUCUUUCUUUUGGGUGGGUGUCGAUUCUUUUCUCGUUAAACAUUGUGGCUUGUCGUGUUUUAAUCGACUAUGGAAUUUUCCUGGUUCGUUUACAUAAGAUGGUGAUUGGAGAUUGUAUAGAUGUAGGAUCGUUGUGUACAUAUCCUCGAAUGUUUCGCUCCAAAGAGAUGGAGCUUCUUGUUAGAAGGUAUAUUGGAGGAACUAAGAAACUGAACAUAUUGUGAAACUUUGUCCAGAAAAUCAGAGUGAUUGAUCAAAUUUUAUUGUUGACAAUAAUAAUUCUCUGUUACUCCUAAGUUCAAUUAUCAAUAAGUUGUGCGGUCAAAAACUCAAAUCAUAGUUGUAUUUUAACGUGAGGUUAAAAAGUUAGACUAUAGUUGUAUCGAAGGAGUUAAAAUUCAUAUUGAGAUGGAAAAUUCAAAAGUCGAAGUGUCAUGACUUGCCCUAAGGCCCUAAUAGAAGUGUUUAAUGGGGCUGGUUGAGUCGAGCUCGGGUAAUUUCUUAAUGGGUGGAAUUGGAUUAGGUUAAAUUAUUUUAAUAUUAGGUUGGAUCGGGCCAAUUGUCCAUUUGACCCACUCCAAACUCAUUUAGAAAAUAAAAAGACUCCAUCUAGACUCUAAA